CGAGGGGUGUAAACUUGGUGCUGCGGGACGUGGAAGGGGAGGUCAUCGAGAUGAGGCAUUUGGCAUUCUGAGCAAGCUCAUCCAGCACUACACCACAGACAGGAAGUUAUUCUUCUGACAGCCGCUAUAAUGCGUCCCUAAAUCACCCGGCCUGCGAAGCACUUCAUCCCCCAAUCCCUUCCGCCAUAACAUCGCUUAAUUCUACGCACCCUCCACCAAGAAUCAGACUCCCCUCUUUGUACCGUCAAUAUGGAUUACGCAGCGAACCCCAAUAUCCCUCUGGAGGCCCAUCUCCUGCUCGGCUGCUGGCGCGAGGCCGAGAGGGCAGACCUAGUGGCUCUGAGUCUGGACGGGCUCCGCGGCGUGCUCGCCGAGACGUUCCACGGGCACAUGAUCGCCGUGUCCGAGGAGAUCCGGUCCUGCGGCCGCCUGCUCCGCGAGCUAACGGACCGCUUCCAGGUCCACCCUGACAGGGCUCCGUUCGUCUUGAGCUACCUCCAGGUCAUCCUCCCUUGCCUGGGCCGGAGCCUGGGCGAUAUCACCUCGUACUAUGAGGAUAAGACGAUCUCGAGGGAGAUCAGAUGGCGCAAGAUGUACAACAAGAUGACGGAGGAGGCAGGUGGCUUGCAGCUGCCGCAGCGAUUCGUGCUUUACAACCACUUUUUGACGUUGCUGAAGCAGUUGUUGACGAGGUCCAAAGAUUUCGAUCUGAACACCCUUGACCUCUUGAAAUCUCGGAUAUUGGCACUACGGGAGAGGAGGGGCAUCGCGCCUCCACCUCUUCAAGUUGGGCCUCCCGUGCGCCAGGAUCUGAUAUUGAUGGCUCACACCCAGGCCCCCAAUGUGCACUGGGCAGAACUAAUAUUCAGUCUCCCAUUACCCUCUCGGACAGCUCUGAAGCACUUAGGGCCGUCGAAAGGCUACGGCCCGCAUUUCCCGCCGGGCACCUUCAACCUACCUGCUGAUUGCAAGAUUCUCUUCCGGAGGCCAUUCAACGACGAUCGUGUUUCAGUGACGGCGUUCAUCAAUCCCGCCAACCAAUCGCCCUACCUACUUGUCCGCAAUUUCCACAUGGGGAACUCCCUGCUCUCCCUCCGUGGAGCCCACGAGCUCUGCAUCAGUCGCGAGGGUAGCGCGUUGCAACUGAAACGGUGGAGUCAGUCGGAGCGGUGCAGCAAGCUCUGGGCCGCCUUGUUCUUUCUCACCUGGGAAGAAAUGGUUCUCUUCUACUGCACCUUCUUGUCACUCAAGGCGCGCAAUACCUUGACUGUCCAGAUCCACCCGGACGAAUACAAGCUGAGCCGAGAGAAGCGAUUGUUCCAAGCUCAAAUCAUCGACGACGGCUACAAACACUCGUUGAUAGUGUACGAGGAGGUACAGACCCGUGGCCUUCGCCUCCACGCGGCUGUCUGGGAAGGCGAGCUAAGGCAAUGCCCCGUGUGGACGGCCUUCGUCACCCACCAAUCCCAGUCGCCGACCUGGCUGAGCCGCCGAUCCAAACACCGCGUCUGGCUCAAGGACGUCCAGCUCUACGUCUUCUGCCAGCGCUACCGGCACGAGAACAUGCGCCAGAACAAGUCAGGCGCAUUCGAGAUUUACUUUGUCAGCGAAGAGGGGGCGACACGGUUCAAGGACGUCUUUGCGGCCGCCUGCACCCCAGAGCCAUCAGAGGCCAACGAACCGUCGACCGGCCCAAAGUAAGCAAGGCUGCAAGGGAUGUCCUUCCCGGCCAAGCGAGGCCCUCAAAAUGGGAGCAAAACGGCCGGUAAUGAUUCCACUACGACGAUGACAUUCCACGACGACGACGACGACGACGACGACGACGACGACGACGACGAUGAUGAUGAUAACGGAGACGAAAGCCUCUCUUUUUUUUUCAUUUCCCCUGUUUUCUUUUUUCUUGAUUCUACUUACUCCCUCAUGUACUGGGAACCGGAGAGAGAAAAAGAAGAUUGUAUGAUAACGCUUAGAUUGGCAUCGUCGGCUUCCUGUUUCUGUGAUCCUUGACUUCUCUCUUCCCCCUU